UUUUACGGUUUAGCACUACAACACAGUUGCUCACUUGUUAAAACCAAACACGGUUGUGACGAGUCAUUGAUCAUUUUAUUCAUUAGCUUAAAAAAGGAUUUAUAACCUAGGAUAUGCUAUUUUCAAUCCCUUUCAAGCUUCGCUUGAUAUUACAAUAUUAUUUAUUUUAUACAGAGCUAUGAGUUCAAGGACAGGCCGGUACCCUUUCUAAUUUGUAGACAAACAAUCGAGAAAUGUUUGCCAAUGGCACAGCUAAUUUCGGCUUAUAGCACUGAUUCGGAGAGCCAGAAGACGCUUUGAAAUAACAUAAAUCAAGUAAAAAUAAUCUACAAUAAUAUAAUUCACAAUAUUUAACACAGGUGCUAAAACGCUAAAUACAACUCCUCCUAUCCUAACCAAACCGUUAGCAAAUAAUAUAAUGGAAAUUAAACCCAUCCGCGGGUUUUCAAAAUUAUUGAGGAUCCAACGUACUUUGCGGGCGCUCCAAAGGUUACCUUUGGGAGCUCCCACAACGUACGCUGGAUCCUCGAGCAUGAUCAGAAAAUACUCCUGCCAUAGAUUUCUAAGUAGCUAAAAUUCUUCAUUUACAAUAAGCCAGUGUAUAGGGUGGUGAGAAGACCAACAUGUCAUGUCAUACCUACCGGGUAUCAUGUAUGACGAGAAGCAAUGUAGUAAAUUAAAGCUGUGUUAAAGAAGUUGACGGUACAAUAUUUAUUAGUUUACAUCGACUUCUCCAAUAAAAAACAAAUUAAAAUAAUAUGAAAUUAAAUCCAAAAUUUCAUGUUGCUAGGGCACCCAAAACAUCUAUGAUGUAUUUCUGCCUAAAGGAUUUAUGCUAAUAAAUAUUUUUAUAUGGUGCUAUUUCAAUCACUAUUGUUUUAAGCAGAUGCAAAAUUAAUAUUUCUAUGUGUAGGGUAAGCUGAGUGAGUGUCACAUACCUGUCAACCCCAGAAAAUCUCCAUGCUUGAGAAUUUUUUAGGGGAGGGGUGGGGUAAAUGUUGAUUUUCUAUAGAAAACAUUUUCAGAAGCAUAAACAUCGCUAAAAAGCGGGAGAUCUGGUGCUCAACGCGGGAGAGCGGGAGUGGGGUUCCAUAAUCUUGAGACUCCCGCCUAAUGCAGGAGAGUUGACAGUGUAAAAGCUAUGUUGCUUGUGAUUGACUGCAAGAAGAAGCUUUUGACCAAGAAUGUAUGUCCACAUACAAAUGAUUCAAAAUCAAGCAAGAAUGAGUUAGUAUACAUGCCUGAAGAGAAGGAGGCACUUACAAUAAAUGAUGGCAAAACACUGGAUGAAAUACUGCACACAGAACAAGAACUGGAUUAUGGAGAUCUAGGUUAUUAUGCCCUUGGCUCUAAAGGAAAGGCAGUUGUUGACGCCAGUAUUGUCAUUUCACAGACAGGAUUUUCCUGUGCUUACCUAAUCUUUAUAUCAGAGAAUAUUGCCACUAUGACUGAAUCUUUUACGAAGUACAAAGUGCUCAUCAUGCUUCUUCCACCAUUAUCACUUCUUGUGAACUUCAGACACCUUAAACGACUGGCAAUAUUCAGCUUGUUUGCUGACUUUGCCAAUGUGUUUGCAUACUGUGUUGUAUUUUGGUUUGACUUCAAACAUUUUGACAAUAUUGGGUCUAAACGCAAAGUUAUAAACUUUAGUGGUCUUCCAUUUUUUCUUGGAAUAGCCAUCUAUUGCUAUGAGGGUGCAGGUAUGAUUCUUGCUUUGGAAGCAUCAUGUGCAAAGUCUGCUAGAAGCAAAUUUCGUAGUAUAUUCAAGCUGACAUUGUUUUUAGUAACAAUGCUUUAUAUUCUAUUUGGCGUCUGCGGAUAUUUGUCCUUUGGCCCAGAUACAGACAACAUUAUCACCUUGAACUUACCACCAGGGAUAUUUCCUCUACUAGUCAAGAGCUGUUUGUGUUUCUCCUUAUUUUUCACAUAUCCAGUCAUGAUGUUCCCUGUAGUGGCUAUUCUAGAAAAGAAACUGUUCUCAGAUGAAGGGAAAAGUCAUUACUAUUAUGGAACCUUCCUGCGAGGGUUAAUGGUAAUUAUUACUGGGAUUGUGGUUCUCGGCAUUCCUGACUUUUCCAUGCUCAUGGCCUUGGUUGGGUCCAGCUGUUGUACUCUACUUGCAUUCAUACUACCUGCCUUGUUCCAUCUCCAGAUUUUUAAAGGGGAGUUAUCAAUUUGUGCGAAGUUGUUGGAUUUCAUUCUGAUUUUGCUAGGUGUUGUUGGUACUGUAAUAGGCAUGCGUGACGUCAUCUCCCGAAUGAUGUCGCCAAGUGAGACAGAAGAAUGACCUCAUCUUCCAGAUGAUGAGGUCCUACGAAGAGUGGAAGAACUGUCUUGGAGGUCAAAUGACGUCACCUUUCAGGUGAUGUCAUCAAGUGCUACAGAAGAUUGACAGAUAACAAUUGCUAGAAGAGUUUGAAUGAUACAUGCAUGAUGUCAUCUUCUGGAUCAUCAAGUCAAUCAUCAAGGGAAAAACUAUCAAUUUGUAACUAUAAAAUGUACAGAAAUACAUUACAUGAAAUGGUUUCAGGAACCUGUGCUGCUGAACUCUACACUAAUACAGAGCUCUGGACAAGUCCAAUUUUAACCUGUCUCUUAGGACGCAAGGAUAUUUACUCUCACCACCCCACAAAAAACUACUACCAACACACCUAAGGACAUUGCAAAAAAUAAUGGGAUAUAUAAUAAAGCUCAUUGAAAUAUAUUUCAGAAAAUUAUUUUGGGAAACAAUCAGUAUAUUUUAUAUUGGGCUGUGAUAACAACUUUUGUAUAAAAAAAAAUCUUAUGUUAAAGAUUUUGUAAAGGAAGGAAAUGGGUUGCCUCGGGAACAUACAUUUUCACGGGGGUCUUAAAAUCAUUAAUGAUAAAUGGGGUAUAUACUAAAUCAUUAAUGGAAAAUAAUAAAGCACAUUGUAAUAUAUUUCAGAAAACUAUAUUGGGAAAAAAGCAGUAUAUUUUAUAUUGGGUUGUGAUAACAACUUUUGUAUCAAAUAGUUUAAGCAUAUUUAACCGGAUAUACAGUUUUCUAACAUAUGGCCCUCGGUUGGUAAGCACUGUCACUGGGGGUGGUCACUGCCAGAGGGUUUAUUGCGUCCCCAGUGGUUCUUUUACGUCCCUUCGGUUCAGGUUAGUGUAGUGCAGCUGGAAGAGACGGGACCUCCGGUUUAGUGUCCUUAUCCGAGAAGACUGGAAACACGGGAGAAUAACUUCAACUCACUUGUGGCACAAAUUCGAAUCAAGGCAGGAACCCGAAAAAAUCCUCAGUUUGAGCCAGGAUUCGAACCUGGGCCACAGCGGUGAGAGGCCGACACGCUAACACAGUAGGCCACCCGUGCUUCCACUAAAUGUUAUGUUAAGGAUUUUGUAAAGGAAGGAAAUGGGUUGCAUCGGAAACAUACAUUCACAGGGGGGGGGGGGUCUAAAAAUAGUUAAUGACAUGUAAAACAUAAUGGAAUUAAAGAGGGAUGUAUUUGUUAAA